UUACAGAUUUAACAGCAGUUUAUCGGCCGUUCUUUUGACUGAGUUGGCCUUUCCAGGCCACUUGAUCUGAUGGCCUGUGAUCCGAAAGCUGCCAAUCUCGCAGUGUCCCGCGUGAUCCCGGUAUUGCUUGGUCUCAUCCUUAUAUAUGCAUGCUGGACGUUUACAAGAUCGUUGUGUAUCGAGUAUCUGUUAGAUUCCACUACGUCAUCACGAAAUCCUAGAAUUGGAGUGACAAUUGGAUUAUUGGUUGCUUUUUAUAUCCUACUAAUAGCACUUCUUGUGUCAUAUCUACGAUUACUAGUCGCCCUUAUAUGGAAUCCCGAUUACAUUCCACGUGGGCCGCAAUACGUGGAGUCUCUAGUGGAAGCAAAGUCUAGCAAAAGGAGGAGCAAGUCUCGAAGACGGAGGGAGCGAAAUUCAAACAAGGGCAUCAAGGAUGAGGAGUGGCACGGCCUUGGGGCAGCAUUUAGAAGACCAGCCGAAAGUGCUUACCCUGUUGGUGCUUCUGGACUCGAAGCCUUCUACUUGAAGGACGUAUUUGUCUGCAAAGAAGAUGGCAGACCAGCGUGGUGCUCCACUUGCUACCAAUUCAAAGCCGACAGGGCUCAUCACUGCCGAGAAGUAGGUCGAUGCAUACGAAAAAUGGAUCAUUUUUGCCCUUGGGUUGGCGGAGUUGUUAGCGAGUCAUCCUUUAAGUUUUUUAUCCAAUUCCUUUUUUAUGCGCUGCUCUUUACAACAUUCAAUUUGGUUGUGUUUGCUAUAUUUGUGGCAGAACGCCGUGAAGAGACCGGAACACUUAUUGCUCAUUGGAUUGUCGUCCUGGGAUUGGGUACCUUGUUCGGACUUUUGUCGUUGGGAAUUUUGGGAAGUUCUAUCCAACUUGCAUGCAUAAACUCAUCAACCAUCGAAAGUCUUGAUAGACGCACGAAAGUGUGGACCCUUGCUAUAUUGAUACCGCCUUCGAUAAAAUUUAACGGAGGCGGCACAGAAGCCCAAGCUGCUCCGAACUUUCCUAUCGUGUCGUUUUCUUCACCGUUUGGAGUAUUCUCACCUCCACAAAACACGUCUGACAUCGAUGGCCCUGACCUAGUGCGACGAGAUUUUGCUAUCUUACAUACAAAACCAGGCGAGAAUCCUUGGGACUUGGGCAGCCCAUUGGAAAACUUUAAAGAAGUUAUGGGAUACUCAUUUCUGGAUUGGUUCUCACCCUUGAAAAACUCUCCCUGCACUGACCAUAACAGUCAGGAAAGCGCCUUUCGUCUGGGCCCUGUCGUUCGACGGCUUAGGCGUGAAGCUGGUUUGGAAAGCUGUGAUGAUGGCGGCGAAUUAACAUCUCACAAUGAAGCGCACCGGAAUAGGGAUCGAAGAAUAAAUGGGGAACCCAACAAAGUGCUCAAAACGCCCUCUUCGCAUAAGCCACGAAAAAUUGAGCAAAAAGCACGACCUAUCCAAAAACCACCAAAUACUCAUCGUGGGAAAAACAUUCGCCACGAGCAAAAUCCAAGCGGUUCAUUUGGAGAUAAUAAUGAUUCUAUAAUUCUUCCUUCAAGUACUGCAGCGGCAUCAGAUUUUCAAUGA